GCCCGCCCCUCUGGAACUCGGUAGGAGAAUGUGGUGAUUGCAGCGGUUCUCGGCUCUGGAAGCAGAAGCAGCUACGGGUCGGAGGGAGUCGGCAGCCUCCAACACCCAACAUAUACAGCUGGUAAAAGCAGAGCAGAUCUGGUCAGGUCCUGAGACGUUGAGUCCAGCGCAAUGUUGUGGAAGACAGUGCUCUUGCUGGCCCUGGUGGACCAGGUGCUGGUGCUGGAGAACGGGCUCCUGCGGAAGCCACCCAUGGGCUGGCUGGCCUGGGAACGCUUCCGCUGCAACGUUGACUGUGAUGAGGACCCAAAGAACUGCAUCAGUGAGCAGCUUUUCAUGGAGAUGGCCGACCGGCUGGCACAGGACGGGUGGCGGGACCUGGGCUACACGUACCUUAACAUCGACGACUGCUGGAUUGGUGGGCGUGACGCCAACGGCGACCUGGUGCCCGAUCCCAAGCGCUUCCCCAGUGGCAUUGCCUUCCUGGCUGACUAUGCUCACUCCCUGGGUCUGCAGCUGGGUAUCUAUGAGGACCUGGGCAACUUCACCUGCAUGGGUUACCCAGGCACCACGCUAGACAAGGUGGUUCAGGAUGCUCAAACUUUUGCCAAGUGGAAGGUGGACAUGCUGAAGCUGGAUGGCUGCUUCUCGACCCCAGAGGAACAGGCCAAAGGGUACCCCAUGAUGGCUGCGGCCCUGAAUGCCACAGGUCGCCCCAUCGCCUUCUCCUGCAGCUGGCCAGCCUAUGAAGGGGGCCUCCCCCCCAAGGUGAACUACAGCCUGCUGGCAGACACCUGCAACCUCUGGCGCAACUAUGACGACAUCCAGGACUCCUGGAGUAGCGUGCUGUCCAUCCUGGACUGGUUUGUGGACAAUCAGGACAUACUGCAGCCGGUGGCAGGCCCUGGGCACUGGAACGACCCAGACAUGCUGCUCAUUGGGAACUUCGGCCUCAGCUUCGAGCAAGCCCGGGCCCAGAUGGCCCUGUGGACAGUGCUGGCAGCUCCCCUCUUCAUGUCCACAGACCUGCGCACCAUCUCUGCCCAGAACAUGGACAUUCUGCAGAAUCCACUCAUGAUCAAAAUCAACCAGGAUCCCUUAGGCAUCCAGGGACGCAGGAUUCUCAAGAACAAAUCCUCCAUCGAAGUGUUCCUGCGGCCCCUGGCCGGUGAUGCCUACGCCUUAGUCUUCUUCAGCCGCAGGGUGGAUAUGCCUUAUCGCUUCCACUCCUCCCUGGCCCAGCUCAACUUCAGCAGCUCCAGCUCGUACGAGGCCCAGGACGUCUACACUGGUAGUGUCAUCAGCGGCCUCCAGGCUGAGACCACUUUCACAGUGACCAUCAAUCCUUCAGGGGUGGUGAUGUGGUACCUGUAUCCUGUGAGGAAGCUGGAGGUACCCCAGCUGUGAGGAGCCGAGACGUGUGAUAGGCUGCAGCAGCACCACUGAACCUGACCAUGGAGCCUUGGCUUGCCGAGGGCCAGUAGGCAGGGUUCCCUGCUACCCAGGCCUGCUUGGCAAGCGACCCCGUCAGACCCAAAGUGCAAUCUCAGGGCCAGGUUCCAUGUUCUGCCCAGGUAUGAACUCUCUUGGAAACGUGUCUUGGGCACUUUCCUGUGGCCUUCCUGCCCUCUUACCUCAUCUGCACGGCUGCACAGAUGUUGCUGAACAACUCGGCCAGCCUCCUGAGCCCCCAAGGCAGGGGCACUCGUACCCAUCAGGACUCUAGCCUCUGACCUUUCACUGACUCUGAAAUCAAGAUUUGGAAUUUUUCUCAAAAUUAGGAGUGGAGAUCUGAUCUCUUGUCUGGAACUUCCACGCAUCAUGUGGUUGGCUUUGCAGGCUGACACUGCAUGGGAGUAGCCUUGGCUCCCCUGGGUCAUCAAUAAAGCUGUUCUUUAGUCCCA